AUGAUGGCACUUGUAAUGCCUUUAAUAAAUGUGGAAAAAUGUUUUGAACCACAUUUUCAUAAAGCAUUUUCAAAUGUCAUUCCAAUAGUUGAAUUAUGGAAUAUUCCAGUAGAAGAUUGUCUAACAUAUUGUAUAACAAAUUCAGUGGAAUGCCAUAGUGUUGUUUAUCAUAAACAUUUUUUUACUUGCCAAUUAUAUAAAAAUGACAAUGAAAGUAAUGAUAGUAAUAAUUUUGUUUUUGCAAGUGGUCACAAUUUUUUUAAAAGAAUUUCUUUUACAAAUGAUUGUCAAACAAAAUCAGCUAAUAAAGAUAAAAAAAUUUCAAAAGAUAAUAUUAAAAAUCAUUUUGAUAGUAAUGUAUAUGCUCAUGCUAUUAAAAGUGUACCUAUUGAAGAUAAGGCAAAUAUUAUUUCAAUUGAAAAUCAUGAUAUUCUUACACCACAAACAACAAGAAAACCAAUUCAAAAGGCAAAUAUAGCUAGAAUUAAAAAUAUGAUAAAUUUUAAUAAUAGUAGUGAAAUUGUAACUAAUUUAGAUGAAGAUAAAGAUGAAAUAUUAUUUUUUAAUUCUCCAAUCACAAAAUAUGUUUUGUCAGAAAUUAAAUUAGGAUAUUUUAAAAUUUUUAAUGUUACAUCACUUUUUAUUCCUAAAAAUAGUAAAACAAUUUUUGACAUAACAGAGGAAGAGUGUUUACAAGCAUGUACAAAUAAAAAUAAUAUUGAAGAUAAAAAAUCAUUUUGUCAAUCAGCUAUAUAUAAUAAAGUUAAAAAAUUAUGUAUAUUUUUAGAUGAUGAUACAAAAGAAUUUCGUAAAUUUACACGAUUAAUUAAAAAUGAUGAAACAACAUUUUUUGAUAAAUUAGGAUUACCAAUUAACAUGGAAUGUAAAAAAAUUACACCAACAUUUAAUGUUUAUAUGAAUAAAAUAUCAACAAAAAAUGUUAUCAAAAAAUAUCCAUAUAUUGAAAAAUUAAAAGAUUGUGUUACAUUAUGUGCAAUUGAAUCAUUAUGUUAUUUUACAUCAUAUUCUCAAAAAACUUGCUAUCUACAUUCAAAACCAGAAUUAAGUUCAGAUUUUAAAAACGUUUUGGAAAUUGGAACAAAUUAUAGUGUCGCUGUUGAAAAUAAUUGUAUCUAA